AUGACACAAUUAAUUCAAAUUUCAAUCAAUUGUCAACACGAGAAUAAUAUUUGUCAAGAGUGUAUUGCGAGACAUAUCGAACACGAGUUGCAAGAUAAAGGAAACAUUGAAAUUAGAUGUCCAGAUGAAAAAUGCAGAAGUGUGCUGACUGAAGAUUAUGUCAAAAAAUUGUCCAGUGAAACGAUCUUUGAAAGAUAUCAGAAAUUGUCACUUGUGUCUGCACUUUCGCAAAUAGAUGAUUUUUACUGGUGUUUAAAUCCCAAUUGUGAUUCUGGUCAAAUUCAUUACGAAGGAGACGCUGCACCAAUAAUGACAUGUCAGUCCUGUUCGAAAAAAACAUGUGUUAUGCAUUCCCUUCCAAUUCCAGAUGGCUCACUAAGCUGUCCACAAUGCGCCAAUAUAACCGAAACCUUUGAUAAUGAGCCACGAGAACCUACAACUUCACAACGUACAAAUCCACAAUCUUCGAAUAAAACGCUAAAACAAAUACAACAACGAAAACUAAGACAAACAAUAGCGAUAGAUAAUUCGCAAAAGAGACAAGAUCUGCAGAAAGAAAAAAAUAGACAAAUGGAAGAAAAAUCAAAAGCAUAUAUUGAUUCUAUGACAAAAAAAUGUCCUAAAUGUAAUGCUAAUAUUGAAAAGAAUGAGGGAUGUGAUCAUAUGAUGUGUCGCGCGCCUAGAUGUGGAUAUGAAUUUUGCUGGCUUUGUUUCGCUGAUUACGAUGCGAUUCGUAUAAAUGGAAAUAAAUAUCAUAAUCCAACUUGCAAAUAUUAUGCUUGA